UGGCUCCGUAGCUCGAAUGGCAAUCACAAUCAUUCGCGGCGCCCACGACAAAAAGCAACAAAAAGAGAGGAGUGUCUGCAUUAUUCGCUGGCCGGAGCCGCAGUGAAAGUUAUUUACGUUACUUACUCAUUACGCGAGCAGUGAAAGUGGACCUUCUUCCUGAUGGCCUCCUAGGAGCCGCCGAAGAAGCCGAGAGAGCAGUCGCCGGAAUGAAUCCCGAUCCGGACGAUAACACGAACCUGACUGCCCAGGAGCUUCAGGUGCUCUCCGAGUUGGACAGCCGGCAGUUCGGCUUCCUGAAGCUCAACUCGCAGGAGCAGAGCAAGAAGAAGGCUUUGGUGUUGAAGGCUGUAAAAUGUCUCGAGGGCAUGAUUGUAGCAGCUCAUCGGCAGAGGGAGCGCAGUCGAAGGCCCGAGCUGCCUUCGUCGACUUCGGACAGCACGCCUUCCAGCACGGUGCCGGACACCGAGCCGCAGGACAAGCAUUCGUCUUCGAGUUCCACUCCGCAGCCGCAGGACGGCAAGGAGAUCAACAUCGACCCAAAAACCUUCUGCAAACUUGGUCACUUCCAUUUGUUAUUAGAAAACUAUUCAAAAGCUAUGUCAGCAUAUCAGAAGUUUCAUAACCUGAAGCCUGACCAUUGGAAGGAUUCGGCGUUUUUAUACGGGCAUGGAUUAGUCUACUUCCAUUUCAACGCCUUCCAGUGGGCCGUGAAAGCGUUCCAACAAGUGCUCUACGUAGACCCCAGCUUCUCGAGGGCCAACGAAGUCCACCUUCGACUGGGACUCAUCUUCAAAAUCAAUUCUGACCUCGUCGCGUCGUUGAAGCACCUGCAACUUGCGCUCAUCGACUCCAGCCCUAGUACAUUUUCCAAGUUAGAAAUCCGCUUUCAUAUCGCUCACCUGUACGAAGUCCAGGGCAAGUACAAAACAGCCAAGGACCAUUACGAGCUUCUGCUGCGCGACAAAGAACUGCCCACCCAUCUGAAAGCAGACGUCUGUCGGCAAUUAGGCGCAGGAUGGAUGUACCACAGUGUUGAGUCCUUCGGGGAGAAGCAUCCGAGAGAGACUGUUGCGAUCCACUGCCUGCAGAAGUCCAUCGAGGCCGACCCGAAAUCUGGCCAAUCACUCUACCUUCUUGGUAGAUGCUUCGCUAGCGUUGGGAAAGUCCACGACGCGUUUAUCGCUUAUCGCAAGUCUGUCGAGAAAUCAGAAGGCAAUGCAGACACGUGGUGCUCAAUUGGUGUGCUGUACCAGCAGCAGAACCAGCCUAUGGACGCGCUGCAAGCGUACAUAUGUGCAGUGCAGCUAGAUAAGAGCCACACCGCCGCCUGGACAAACCUCGGAAUCCUGUACGAGAGCUGCAGCCAGCCAAGAGACGCGUGCGCCUGCUACGUGAAUGCAACCAGAGGUUCAAGCAAGCCCAUGAACCCGCACCUCACGCAGCGCAUCAAGUUCCUGCAGAACCACCUGUCUAACGCUCCUAUGCCCAGUGUCAGCAACAAGCGCCGACCACUGCCGUCCAUCGAGGAGGCCUGGAACUUGCCAAUUUCAGCCGAAAUGAACUCUCGUCAGCAGCAGCAGCAACAGGGCGGCAUGCAAGGUGGUGGCCUUCUUGGCGGCCAGAUGGGCCUGCAGCAGCCCAUGGUGCAGCAACGGCCUGGACAGUCGUUCCAGAAGUACGGUCAGAGCUUCCCGCAGAAUGGAGCGCCGCCGCCUUACCCGCAGAACAAGCGGCUCAAGGCUGAGGACGGCACUCCUCAGCAGAGGCCAACCACGUACAUAACGCCGCAGGAGCUGCAAAUGCUGCAGCAGUUGCAGCAAAACCUGCCCAAUCUGAACCAGAGCCAGCACAGUCUGAUGCAGCAACUCAAGCACCGUUACCAUUUGCACCAACAGCAGAUUCGUCAGCAGCAGUUGGCCCAGAGGCAGCAGUUCCCCGGCCAACCACAGCAGCAGAGGCCAGGCUUUGAAGGGCCGGCAGCUGCUGUGGCUCAAUUCCGGAACUCGGGCUUCCAGCAACAGUCGCAGGGACAACAGUUCCCGAACUACGCCUCGACGGCCUCUCGGAGCGACACUUCAUUCCAGCAGCAGCCCCAACAGGUGCAAAACCAGCAGUUCUCGCCUGCUCAGCCUCAACAGUCGGCCACUCUGCCGACCAUGGGCCGUGACGAGCAACCGCACGUCAGCGAGCAGGACCUGCAGGCCAUUUUGUCCCAGAAGGACCUCACGGCCUCUCUGGCCGAAGACUUGCUGAAGCAGUUGAGUCCUGGUGAAGAUCUUUCGAGUUUCAUUGACUCAAAACCAGCCACCGGAACGCCACCGCCCAACCAGCAGGACGUUAAGCCUUCUGAGGCCCAGUUGGCUGCUGCCCUCAAGCAGGAAUCGGACACUCAGCAACAACCUGUCAUGGUUCCGCAGGCCAGCUCCUCAUCUGCCUCACCACAUGUUCAAACUCCGCCGUCGCGGUCCAAGACACCUGAAAUCAGGGUGCAUAGUCCGGACACUUUUAUAAGUGCAGACAGUAUCUUCAAUGAAGAAACCUCGGUCGACAUUAACAUGUCCUCAUCAGACAUUGUCGAAGCCUGCAGGGCCACAGCUCUGCGAAUGGGAGGAUUCUCUACCUUGUUGAAUGAUAAAGUAGCACCUCCCUCACCUCCUGAACCACCUCAGCACCGUCUCACCCGAGAUCAACUCCUGCCGCCAACCCCGUCCGUGUACCUGGAACACAAAAAGGAUGCUUUCAGUCCACAGUUGCAGGAAUUCUGCCUCAAGAAUCCAAUUGCCGUUGUCCGAGGAAUCGCCACUGCCCUAAAAAUGGAUCUGGGCUUGUAUUCGACAAAGUCUCUUGUUGAGGCAAAUCCAGAUCACACGAUAGAAGUUCGAACUCAGAUUCAGCAGACAUCGGACGAAAACUGGGACCAACAGCUGAACUGCAAAGGCUGGGGUUGCGCCAGCCACAGGUCUCACACCACCAUUGCCAAGUAUGCGCAGUACCAAGCUUCUAGUUUCCAAGAAUCUCUCAGGGAGGAGCGUGAAAAGGCUUCAGGCGUGCACAGCAGCACCAUGUCUGAUUCGGACUCGAAAGAUUCGACAGGCAACCCGCGCAAGAAGCACAAGAAAAACAGCCACAAGAUGCUCCGAUUUGGCACCAACGUUGACCUCUCGGACGAACGCAAGUGGCGGCCGCAGCUUCAGGAGCUGAUGAAGUUGCCCGCCUUUGCCAGGGUGGUCUCAGCAGGCAACAUGCUUUCGCACGUUGGCCACGUCAUUCUCGGCAUGAACACUGUGCAACUGUACAUGAAGGUGCCAGGCAGCCGAACGCCUGGCCACCAGGAGAACAACAACUUCUGCUCGAUCAACAUCAAUAUCGGCCCUGGAGACUGCGAGUGGUUCGCCACGCCGGACUCGUACUGGGGCGCAAUCCAGCAGCUGUGCGAGAAGAACAACAUCAACUACCUGCACGGCUCGUGGUGGCCGAGUUUGGAAGAUCUCUACGAGGCCAACGUGCCUGUUUAUCGAUUCGUUCAGCGGCCAGGUGACCUUGUUUGGGUCAAUUCUGGCUGUGUCCACUGGGUGCACGCCAUUGGCUGGUGCAACAACAUUGCCUGGAAUGUGGGGCCCCUGACAGCAAGGCAAUACCAACUGGCCAUCGACCGGUAUGAGUGGAACAAGUUGCAGCACUUCAAGUCAAUCGUUCCCAUGGUGCACCUUUCUUGGAAUUUGGCACGGAACAUCAAAGUCUCAGACUCAAAGCUUUACGAGCUUGUCAGGGGUGUUCUUCACAAAACCAUCCGCAAAUGCAUCAUCAUGAUCGAGUUUGUAAGGUCGAGGGACAUUGAGAUUCGUUUCCACGGCAGGGGCAAAAAUGAAGCCUCUCAUUAUUGUGGGCAGUGCGAGCUUGAGGUGUUCAACAUCUUGUUCAUCAGAGAGCAAGAGAAACGCCACGUCGUCCAUUGUCUUGAUUGUGCUAGGAAGCAGUCACCCAAUCUGGACGGAUUUGUCUGCCUGGAAGAGUACAAAAUUGAAGAGCUGAUGGAGGUGUACGACAAUUUUGUCCUACACCCGCAGCCUGUCGUUAUGGUUAGUAAACAAAGUCCAAACCACUCGCAACAUCACCAACAAUUGAUUGCUCCACCACCUCCAGCACUGGCGCCGCCAUCACAGCAGGUGGCCAACUCUGUGGUAUCAGCGGUGACUUCGUGAUGCUAAAGACUCGCAGUUCGAGAGACCCUCAAAGUGAAUGAAGAAAUUACCACCAUGUACAGAAGUUGUGUUGUUCAGAUAUGAUUAAUCGAGGACCCCAAUUAUUUAUUGACUGAUCGACUCUCUCAUGUUUUUUAUGUUUGUUACACAGUGAUGAGAUGUAAUAUCUUGUGAUAAAAGACUGAAACGCAUUGAAAGAAGACGGAGGUGAAGUGGAGACCACAACUGGAAAGCGACGAGCAAUUAGCACUGCCAAUUACCCCUUUCGAACACACCCCAAACGCUCUCAGCGUAGAGCGAGUUUUGGUUUUACAAAAAUGAAGCUUGGGACUCAUUUGUUUUGUGUCUUAAAUGUGUAAAAAAAAAUUCUAGGAAUUAAGAUGCUAGAAGUUAGCAAUGCGUAAUUUUAGCGGAUGACUUGAAGAAACAAUCAACAACUAAAAUUUACUAUUGAUCUCCGUAAUGUAACAGACCGAAGCAAUGUUUCGGUCAGCGAGUUAUCAGCUUCUCUCGGCAACACUUACACACAAGCUAGCUGACAUUGCCUUUGAUUGACCCACUCGACAACAAUUUAAACGCAACCAAUGUUAACAAACAUAACUCAUAAAGCUGAAUCUAGAUGUACUUUGGCAUUCGCAUAUUGUGAAUUUUGUAUCAUGCUUGCUUUCGAGCUCACAGCACCUCACUGCCAGUGGUUUAAGUCAGGAGAAUAUUCACAAAACAAUGAUACAAACAAACAAAUCCCACCACCAUGUGAUAGUAACAAACAAACAAUGCUCCGUGGAUUUGAUACUGCCUAUUUUCACGAUCAAUUCAAAUGAAAACGUCUCAAUAUAAUGUAAAAAAUAAUGUACUUGUCUUUAGAUAGAAGGAAAGUUUGUCACACGGGCUCAGUUGAACCUCCAUCGAAAUUUCCCAAGGUCUUUUGUAAGAAAAUGAUAUCUUCUCUUGUUGGCUUUGAUGGGGCCGAGACGAGUCAGGGCAACUUUCCGAGCAAAACUUAUCAUCAAACUUAACAUUUUGAAACCUCAACAAUGAAAAAAUGGAAAUAGUCAUGCUUGGAGAGAAAUAAUCUAGAGAUGCCUUUUCAUCCAAAAUCUUAUAAUAUUAUCUGUACAUAAAAUAGUAAUCGGGCAGUGUUUUUCACCACCUCUUUUUACAAACAGUCAUUCACAGAUGCAAACUGAGUAAAAAAAAAUAGACCAGUGCCUUUCUUUCCUGUUACAAGAAACACUCUGAUUCGCAAGAGUUUGUAUUUGAACCAAAACCAGACCAUACUUUUCUCUAUCCUCAAAAAAACCACGUGCUGUUAUUUAUCAUUCUUAAAUUAUAUUAGCUACCCAUAAAUAAACUGCCAUCAACACUGAUCAGCUGAAAUCGAGAGGAAGUGAAACGCGUUUAAAAAAUGAGCUGAGGAAACGUCUGCUGGUUGAAGGAAAGUUAUUCGCAAGAGGUCCGGAUUGACUUUGUAAAAAAAUUAACCUCAAAAUUAAUAGCUAAUUGGUAUGCUGCUUGAGGAAUUGAGUGUAAUUAUAUAGUCUCUGUCUGCCAAUUGGAAGUCACGCAGACGAGCAAUAAUGUAAUUAGCACCGGGUCUGACCGACCCGACAAAUGGAAAUAUGGAUUAUUAUUUAUUAUGACGAGUAAAAACAGGCGUUGGCCAAAGAGAUGUGUAUUAAGGAACAGAUAUAAAUGUGUAAAUGAAGGCUCGAAUAUUAUAUAUUAAAUAUUACUUGAAUUUUAAAUGUACCGCUGUAUUCUACCGGAUGAGCAAAAAAAAUGAAGCAUAAUAAAACGGAUCGCUGCUUGAUUAGGGUUGCGUGUUUUGGUCGAUUAAGAAGCGAUAUUGAACGUUGUUGUAAAGCUCAGGUCAAAAUCUGUAGAAAUGGUCUUUGAUGAUGAACAGCCGUUGGGUUCCAGACAAAGAAAGCAUCUCGUCGUUGGUGUAAACGACCCCUCACACACUUUUUUUCUUUCUUCUAUAUUCUGAUUGCAGAGUGUACGUUUUUAUAUUAUUGUGUUGACCGCUUGAGAGAUGGGAUUAAUUUUACUCUAAAUGACCACUUGUUGUUACCUCCUGUGUGUUAAUUGCCUCUGCCAAUUCUAUAUUAUAAUAAUGCGUAGCUGUUGAAACGACCGCCUUUUUCUCGUUUAAUUGCCAAAUAAGUCACUUUGGCUCUUUUGCCAAGGGGCGGAUUUUUCUGUUUUUCAUGUCCCUCCUUCCGAAAUUGCGAAAGAGACCUCGGUCAUUUUGACAGCUAUUUAUAUACGCUCGCAACGAAUUUUCAUUUUUUAUUUCUUGUGCCGAGAAAAAUAUCUUUGUCUUGUUUCAAUUUUAUCAAAAAUUGGUAUAAUACGCAGCCGUGCGUUCAUCAUCAUGGUGUGACUUGUUUCAAUAAAAAUUAAUUCAAAUAUUUAAA